AUGCAGCAGCCCCAGUUCACCCUCAUCCGCUCAGCCACCGUGCUCAGCAUCGAUCCCGACAUUGGCAAUCUAACUGACUGCGACAUCCUAAUCAAGGACGACAAAAUACAAGCCGUGGCACCAAAUCUCACAGUCCCCAAUGACGCCCCAGCGGCCACGAUCAUCGAUGGAACAGACUGCAUCGUCACACCGGGUUUCGUGGACGGCCAUCACCACAUUUGGCAGCACUUACUCCGCGGCGUCGCCUCGAACUGGACCCUGUUGGACUACUGCAUCGAGAUGCGCACCCUCUACGGCAGCCUGUUCACGCCCGACGACGUCCACCUCGCGCAGUACGUCGGGGCCCUCAGUCUGCCGAACAACGGCGUCACCUGCGUCCUGGACCACUGCCACGUCGUGAACAGUCCCGCACACGCAGACGCCGCCGUGGACGGGCUCAUGGAGGCCGGGAUCCGCGGGACGUUCUGCUACGGACAGUACGAGAACGCAGUUCUCCCGGGCCAGGGCCAGGAUUAG